UAUGAAUACUCAAUUAAAAGUUGGAAAGCAGGAAGUUCCCGUUACGCAAUCAUACCUAAUUCAGGCUCAGGAUUUAUACGAUCAAUUGGAUGAAACCUCUAAUCAAUUAAAAUCUAGAAAAGACGAUAGAAGAUGCCGUAAAUCUGGCAAUGAUGGGCAUGGUACUAUAUCUCCUGUAAAGUCUGUAGUUACUGUUAAAAGUAAUAGCGAUGAUUCAUUAACUAGAUCAAGCAGCAAGGAAAAGAUUAGUAAACCAACUAACACAAAUGCCGUAUUGUUAGCAAAUAUACGUUAUAAAGAAAAAAUCAGAAGAGAGAAUCCCUUCCUAAUUGAUUAUGAUGUAGAUAAAGAAUACGAAGAGAAAACAGAAUAUCUUCUAAAUAAAGUUCGAAUAAAAUCGGGAAGAGUAAUCGGUCCCACCCCUAAUUAUUCAGAUCUAAAUCUUCGCGAUAUGAGUAGUUAUGUAUACGGUAAUGAAUAUGGCAAAUUAUUUCAACUCGUUUCCUUAAAAGAACAAAAGAGAAUCAUCUUAAAGGCAAUUACUCAAGCAAGGAAGAUUUCGCGUAGGCCAAGUAUUGGUAUUCGAUAUAUUGAUUAUGAAAAUACGUCCAAAUGUGAAGAUAAUGAUGUAAAAGAUGACGAAUAUGCGUUACAAUCCAAUAAUAAAUCGGUUGAUAUAAAAAGCUCCAAACUAUCCCUUAUUAAACACCAAACACCAGAGAAAAAUAGAGAAAUUUUAAAGAAUUUAUCCAAUUUGUUUACAAAUAGAGCAAUUUAUCAAAAUUCUUCAUCAUCUGAAGAAGAUAAUCAAAAAGAUGAAACUAAAGUUGAAGAAAGUAAAGUGAUUAUUAAACAUUCUCAAAAACUUACGGUUAACCCAAAUCCUGAAUAUAAGCAAGCGAAAAUACACCUUUUAUCGCCCGCCGAAAACUAUGCAACAGAAAAAGUCUCAUCAAGUAAAAUUGACUUACCUAAUUCGUCAUUCUGGAAAGGUGAAGACAGCCCAAGUAAACACAAAAGUGUGGAAAAAACGUCAAAUAUUGAACCAAAACGUAUGAGAAUGGAUAAAUUUGACGGAGGGUCUGUCGACGUAACAAAAAUCUACUUUAAAAAAGCUGAAAAACUAAAACAAAACUGCUUUUAUGUUCAUUCUCGAGUGUCGCCAGCUUUAUAUAACAAAACCGAACAUUGUCUUCCCCGCUCUAAAGUAUUCAACUUGAAAAUUCAUGAUGGUGCCGUAAAUAGAAUUCUAUGGAAUAUUCGAGAUGAAUAUUCUCACCUACUAACAACAUGUUCAAUGGAUAAAAGUAUUAAAGUAUGGUGCACUUUCGAUCCAAACGAGAGGAAACUAGUUCAAUGUUUUUCCGACCACUCAAAAGCCGUCAAAGAUGUUAUUUGGAGUAAAUGUGGUAGAAAGUUAUUUAGUUGCAGUUAUGAUAAAAGCGUUCAUAUUUAUGAUGUUGAAAAAGGUCAGCUAACAAACGAAUAUAAAGACUUGGGCGAUUUUAUUACUUGCAUUGAACAUCAUCCAGUUAUGCCAAAUACUUUCAUAUGUGGAAGUAAGAAUUGUAUAUUAGCAUUCGACACUAGAAUUGGCUCGAAAUACGUUAAAAAAUUUACAUAUAAAGCUCAUUUCGGUCAAACUCAAGAUGUUUCUUUUAGGGAAGAUGGAAAGGCUUUCUUCUCCUGUAACGAUAUUGUUUCUAGAGAAAUGUCAGAUAGAAAUAUAAUGGCAUGGGACUUUGAUUCUACAGCAGUUACUUCAAACCAAAUAUACCAAGAACCAUACAAGUGUACUAGAUUAAAAGUUUGGGAAGAGAAAAAUAUUCUGUUGGCUCAAAGUCAGGGUAAUUACAUCGCAUGCUUUGAUCUUCAACCUCCAUUUAAGAUGAAUAAAAGAAUUAGAUUUAAAGAACAUAAGGUGAACGGUUAUAGUAUAGGCAUGGAUUACGUAGGUGAAUACGUCAUUAGCGGAAGUUGCGACGGCAGUGUUUACAUUUAUGACUUCUUUACUGGAAAGUCAAUAAAGAAAAUGAAUUUGGGUGAUACUUGUAUUUGCCUGGACGUUAUUCAUCAUCCCGUUCUGAGAGGACUUAUCACAACAGGGACGUGGAAUGGUCGAUUAGUUUGUUGGAAUUAG